GAACAGAACUUAUAGCUAUCAUACGAAAGUUGUCAUAUAAUAACUAUUGGCUUAACGGUGAGAACUGCUGCAGUAGCUGUAAGCUUGUUUGUCUUAGGUUAUUAAUUAUUGAAUUUUAAAUCGUUUAUCCCUUUAUAGAGUUUCGGCAAAAGUUCCAAGACGUGACUUUAGAUUGAAUAUUUCAACUUGAGAUUGAAUAUUUGAAAUCAAAUACCCAUCAUCAUUCAUAAACUAUAAAUAUGGAGACAAUCUACGACGAAAUAGAAAUCGAAGAUUUUACAUUUGAUCCUAUAACUCAAUUAUUCCAGUAUCCUUGUCCUUGUGGGGAUAGAUUUGCAAUAACAUUAGAUGAUUUACUAGAUGGUGAAGAUGUAGCCGUAUGUCCUAGUUGCUCUUUGAUGGUACGAGUGAUAUAUGACCCUGAAGAUUUAUCAGAAUAUGAAGAACAAUUGAAAUGAAAUUAAUAGUUCUGGAUUUGUAUUUGUAAUACAUUAUUGUCACAUGGUUAUAGUGCAUCUUAUACGAUACUUGAUACCAAUCUAUUAUUCAAUUUUAAAAAUAUAGAUCACCCUGUUGAUUAAAAUUAGGUUCUAAGUUAGUUAAAGUGUAUAUUAUUAGUAGGGUCUCAUAGAGAUGUUGCUGUCGUUUGUUUUUGGGUUAAUUGGUGGUUCAAGGGUUAAAGUAAUUAUAUACAAAAGUUAAUAAAUAAAAGUAUAAUUUGAAUUAGGUGUUAAUUAGAUGAUAUCUACAUGUGAUAUCCUGUAGAUCCUGAUGUAAAAGCAUAAAAUUCUUAUUUCGCAGCCAAUUCAGAAAUAGUGGCUCCAUCUUUAUAACAUAG